AUGAUUCGCUAUCUUCCUUUCUUUAUCACCCUGGUAGUUGCCACGAACCUGUAUGCCACUCACUAUGACGGCAACAUCUACAGUCUGUCUCUUGAUGGCGAAAACUCGCUUUCGAUCACUUCGUCCUUGAAAACAUGCGGUGAUGGCCCUAGUUGGCUUACGUUCGAUUCGUCAACGCGCACACUCUAUUGCUCUGACCACGCGGGAAAUGCGAGUAUGAAUGGCUUGUUGAGCUCCUACUCCGUGAAUCGGGAUGGGAGACUGACGGAGCUCGCGAACACCGUGGACGUGGGUGCCGCGGUCCACAGUACUAUUUAUGGCGGCAAACACGGGCGCGAAAAGUAUUUGGCUAUUGCGCAUUACGGUGGAUCUGCCCUUUCAACCUUUGCACUACCCCUUAGCCCUGAUCGGGAGGCCUUACAGGUCUUACGCUACCAAAUGUCCCAGCCCGGUAUCAAACCGCAGCAGGAUGCGCCGCACCCGCAUCAGGUGAUCCUUGAUCCAACCGGUGAUUUCAUCCUUGUUCCCGAUUUAGGCGCCGAUCAGGUCCGCGUGUACGCCAUUAACCAGCACUCGGGACGACUAAAUGUGUGCCCCAGUCUGAACUAUACCGCUGGUAGUGGACCGCGACACGGGCUGUUCUGGAAAUCCACCUCCUCGAACUCAGCGCAAGCCUCAGUGACUAUGCUGUACACCGUCAGUGAAUUAGGCGGGCACUUCAAUGCCUUCGUUGUCUCUUACUUACCCUCCGGCUGCCUCGGAUUCCGGGAGACUCAAUCCUUUGUGCCAUACCCAGGCGGACAGUUACCGGCUGGGGCUACGCCAGCGGAGAUCGGUAUGGCUGGGGAUUUUCUUUAUGCUUCGAUUCGCUUUGAUCAAGGAUUCCCUCCAAAUGAUUCCAUGUCGACCAUGGUUCGUUCCUCCAAUGGCACGGUGGGAUUCACCCAAAUCACCUCGGCAUAUGGCACCAUUCCCCGCACUUUUGUCAUCAAUAAGAAGGGCACCCUGGUAGCCAUUGGGGACCAGGCUUCAUCUAAUGUAGCCAUUGUCAAAAGGGAUCCGCGGGGUGGAAACCUCGGCAACCUAGUCGCCAACUUGCAGGUUGGACAGCCUGGCCAGGCUAGUAAUUCGUCGAGCGGUUUGAGCAGCAUCAUCUGGGAGGAGUAG